AUGGAGUGUCUCCCAUGCCCGUCGGACACUUUCACCACCCUCCGGGGCGCGGUCAGUCCCUCCCACUGUCGCGAGCGGUGCCAGCCGGGGGAGUACUCCCUCUCCGGCACGGGACUGGCGCCCUGUGGCGGGUGCCCCGAAAACUACGUGUCGACGGCGCCGGCCAGUCGGAGGUGCUCGGAAUGCCCCUUGGAGGCCACCACCGAGGGGCUGAACGCGACGGGAUGCGUGCCGGUGGUGUGUCCGGGGGAGCUGUGUCAGAACGGGGGCCGCUGCGAGGUGGCCGGACACCGGGCGGUGUGCCGGUGUGUACCGGGAUUCAACGGGGAGCGCUGCGAGAAGGAGGUGGAUGAGUGCGAAGCGCAGCCAUGUUUGAAUGGCGGGAAUUGUGUGGAUGCGCGGAACGGGUUUGAGUGCGUCUGCCCCGCCGGAUUUACUGGUGUUCAGUGUGAAUUGCCGCCGGAUGACUGCGCGACGGUGAGCUGUCCGAACCGCGGCAUGUGCCAGAACCAGCAGCACCCUCAAAUGUACGGCUGUUUAUGCCGAAGCGGCUUCACCGGGCCGCACUGCAACGAGACGCUGGACCCCUGUGUGAAGACGCACUGCCUCAACGGCGGCCAGUGCCAGCACCUGCAGAUGGACCGCUUCGUCUGCCACUGCCCCGAGGGAUUCGAGGGGACCUUCUGCGAGAACAACAUCGAUGACUGCGCCGACGCGCCCUGCGCCAACGGCGGCACCUGCACCGACCUCAUCCACGACUUCCGCUGCGACUGCCAACCGCGCUUCAGCGGCCGCUACUGCGAGGACGUCGGCGAUCUCUGCGCCAACGCCAACUGCGUCAACGUUCUGAAAGAACUACCUAUUACUGUUUACAGCACCAGUUUAAGUGGUAUAUAG